UGUCUUGCUAUACGUAACUGCUGUUUCCUCUGAGUCUGUAGCAAAGAGUCUGUAGCAGACAGCAUCUCACACAUUAUCACUUCCUUCACGUGCAGCUGAGCGUUUAUCAGCGAGCUCGCGAGCAUGAAAAAGAGAUUUGUGGCUGAUUUGACAAAUAGAUACGGAGACUGACGACAUGAACAUUUAUACUGAGUCGUGAUUCCGCGAGCAUCUGGAAUAUUAGCUUUCCAGUGACCAUGAACAUAACUGGUCCAACAAACCACACGAACAGCUGUAAACCAUUUUACGAGGAAGAAAACCCAAUUCCACUUGUGGUUCUCUACAGCACAGUCCUCACAUUAGGCCUGCCUGCUAACCUGAUCACAGUCUUCCUCACGUUCCUCGAAGUGUGCCGGAAGAACGUCCUAGGAGUCUACCUCUUCAGCCUGUCAGUGUGUGACCUGAUGUAUCUAGGUACACUUCCACUCUGGGCCAUUUACAUCAACAGAGGUCACCACUGGGAGUGGGGCUCUUUGACCUGUAAGUUCACCGGCUAUGUGUUCUUCAACAACAUGUACAUCAGUAUCUUCUUGAUGUGCUGCAUUUCCGUGGACCGCUUCGUAGCGGUGGUCUACGCCGUGGAGUCUCGAGGUCUGAGAAGGAUGAGGCAUGCCGUGAUCAUCAGCGUUGUGAUUGUGUUGGUCGUUGCUGUCGGACACGUGCCGGUUUUCACCAUGACGGAGGGCGACUCUGAGUUAAUGGAGGAGAAGCGGUGCUUCGAACCAAGUGACCCCUCUGUCGUAGUGACGGGACUCAACUAUUCCCGCUUCUUCAUCGGUUUCUUCAUCCCGCUGUGCAUUUUAAUAGUCACCAACUUGGCCAUCAUAGCUAAAGUUCGAGCUAGCACUGGUUUGAAGCCAAAGGCCAAGGUCAGAAUUCGUAACCUGGCCUUAGCCGUCAUCUUGUUCUUCUUAGUCUGCUUUACACCGUACCAUGUGAUCCUUUUGCUACGUGCCAUCAAUUUCCACUUCUCCAAUGGGAAAUGUGACUUUGAGAGAAGUGUCUAUACACCGUAUACGAUCUCUCUGGGUCUGUCUACCAUCAACAGUGCCAUAAACCCUGUUUUCUAUGUGCUUAGCAGCAACAGUGUUCAUAAGAAGAUCCACAAAGGCCUACAAGGGUUACGUAGCAGCUCGAGAUCUUCUUCUUUUACAUGAUUUAUUUAGUUUCCAUAGCUGAGAUUGUGUAGCCUGUACAACAUUUCAAUGUUUUGAAUAUAAAUGUGUUAUGUUUCUAUUAUCCUUUUUUUAUUAAAAUGAAAUGCUAUUCAACUUAUUGUGGAAGAUUCAUCUGUGUUCACUAUGUAUUUUUUUUAUUUUAUUUUAUUUUUCAUCAACAACUUUUCUCUGGUGACAUAUGGCAGAUUUCUCCAAUAAUCUGAUUUUUUUUUUCAUCAGUACUUUUCAUCAGUUUGUUAUCUUAGAUUAUAGUAAAGUCCAAGUGUGAAAUAGAUGUUUUUGAGUUUGGUUUGAAAUGUAUGCAGCCACAGACACGUAACGAGGAAAUGGUUAGAGGUUAAGGUGCUGAUGUGCAGAACAAGAGGAUGUCUUUCUGUUUGCAGGUGACAGUCUAGACAUUUAUGGACUGUGUGCCUGCAUUAUGACACGUAGUUACACACAUGGGCUUGAGAAUGGCUUAUUUUUUUGGUACUGAUUUAAAGGUAAGUGUAAAGAAUCAGGACUUGAUGCAUGAGAUGUUUUGUUGUGGUUAUGACGGAGCAUGAGAACGGAUGCUCAAAUAUGUUUAUAACUUGUACCUUCCUUGACCUUGAAUUGUUUGUGAACUUGCUACCUGCUUGGUUGUAAUAAAAGAUAGAGCAGGUCUGUUUUUUUUUUGUUGUUUUUUUUUAGGCGAACACACUGAAUGACAGGAAGUUUGACAGAAUCAUAAACCAGGACUGCCACACAAAGCUACAUGUACCAAUAAGGGAAAGGAGUAUGAUGGUAAAAUGAUGAUAAAAAUUAAAUGUAUUUAAAUGGUCUUGGUAUGAAAUUAAAGUUAGAUUCUAUCUUCAUAAAAAAAUUGUGUUUGACAAAUUAUAUAUAGAUAUAUAAACUGAUAUACCACAGAAGCCAUACGGGAAAAACAAAUAAAACAAAAUAUGCUGUUGUAGAGCUUUAAACUUCUCUUUUUAUUACUUAAAGACAAACUGCUUUAAAGUGGACACCAGCUAAGCUUAGGCAGUAGCAGCAGGCAGUGGGAUAUAGAAGUAAAUGGCUGCAUUUAACUUCCUGUACUUGAGGUUUAUGGUGAUUUCCUUUUCUUUUUUUUUUACACACUUGUUAGUUCAGUAGUAGUGCUUUUGUCAAGCAGACUUUAACAGGCUUGGAUUUAUUUAUAAAAAGUGCUUGGAGAACUUUACCUGUGCUUGUUUCCGUUCACAUGAAUGCAGGCAGUAGUUCGUACUUUUUGCAAAGGUUCAGUUUUCUGAAGUAGUGUGUGUCAGUGCAACUGUAAGAGAGUGUGUGUGUGAGUGUCUGUGCAUGUGAUGCUGAUUAUUGCAGAGGAUCUUUCUUGUUCUGGUAGAGCAGGAGGCUCAUGUUGUACUGGCUGAGCCACCAGUGUGAGAUCUGCUAAAAGAACACUUGUGUGUUCGGACAUUGUGAUGAUGGCAUCAGAUACAACAACAACAACAGAAACACUGUUGAAAAAAGAACACUGUUGAGUUUGUUCAUUAGUCAAUUACAUCAAUAAAAAUUGU